AUGGGUGAUUGCUCGAUUUCAUCACAUUCAACGCCUCGUCUACUUCAUCUUCCUCUUCUGCUUCUACUUGUUAUCGCUUCCGUCCGUGGAGAUCAAGACUAUAAUCCACGCCAAUUGCUAAACGAAGCUCUGGGUGAUAAAGACUGGUUGGUCUCCGUGAGAAGACGAAUCCAUGAAAACCCAGAACUCCUCUACGAGCUCCACGAAACCAGUGCCCUGAUUCGUCGCGAGCUUGACCAAUUGGAUAUUUCCUACUCUUACCCCGUCGCGAAAACCGGUAUCGUAGCCCAAAUCGGAUCCGGUUCUCCUCCGGUUGUCGCUCUCCGGGCCGACAUGGACGCUCUUCCCUUGCAAGAACUGGUUGAAUGGGAUCAUAAGAGCAAAAUCGACGGCAAAAUGCACGCUUGUGGGCAUGAUUCACACACCACGAUGCUCCUUGGUGCCGCCAAAUUGCUUAGUAAACGCAAACAUAUGCUCAAUGGAACAGUGAGACUUCUUUUCCAACCAGCAGAAGAAGGUGGAGCUGGUGCUUUGCAAAUGAUAAAGGAAGGUGCUUUGGGUGAAUCCCAAGCAAUAUUUGGGAUGCAUGUUCAAACUGGCUUACCUACCGGAGAAAUGUCAACAAUCUCAGGUCCUGCUAUGGCAGCUACAAGCACUUUCAGUGUAAGAAUAAGUGCAAAAGUACCAGCUUCUUCUUCGGAGACCCAUUCUUGUGUUGAUCCUGUGUUGGCUGCAUCUUCAACCAUCUUAGCAUUGCAACAUAUCAUCUCCAGAGAAGCAGAUCCUCUCAGAAGCCACGUGCUCUCUGUUACAUUUAUGAAAAGCGGCGCGUCUGAGCUCGAUUUGAUUCCACCAUUUGUAGAAUUUGGGGGGACUUUGAGGAGUCUCACAACAGAUGGCAUUAACUGGUUAAGGCACAGGUUGAAAGAGGUGGUUGAAGGACAAACUGAAGUACAUAGAUGCGAAGCGGAGAUUGAUAUGCAUGAAGAGCGUCCAAUGUAUCCAGCAGUUGUGAACGAUCACAAGCUACACGACCACGCUGAGAAGGUUUUGAAACUCUUGGUUGGACCGGAGAAGGUUAAACCGGGGGGGAAGAUAAUGGCCGGUGAGGAUUUUGCUUAUUACCAGCAGAGAAUUCCCGGUUAUUACUUGGGAAUCGGUAUCAAAGACGAAGAAAUCGGUUCUGUGCAUUCGGUUCAUUCGCCUUAUUUCUUCCUCGAUGAGAAUGUUCUUCCCAUUGGAUCAGCAUUGUUUGCUGCCUUAGCCGAGAUGUAUUUGCAAGACCAUCAUAAUCAAACCAAGUCUUGA